AUGGCAGCUUACACAACUUUCAAGCUCUUCCUUCUCACAGCUCUUCUAGCCUUGACUAUGCCAUUCUUAGCCACAAGUGCUCAACCUUUGAAUCCUAACCUAAUUCGGUCGAACCCGAACCUCACAGCCGGGUUGAAUUUGGGUGAAGAAUCUUCCCACUGUUGGGACUCUUUGUUUCAACUCUAG